CUGCGCAAGCGAUAUAAACAAUCUGAAAAAGAGCUCUCAGUAUGCUGCAGGGCACUUUUAAACCACUACAACCGCAAUAAUAAAUAUUGUUAAAUGAAUAUCCCCUUAGGGCAGUGGGUUACUUGUUAGCACGCCUGACUCACAUUUUCGAUUCAGGGUUUGAAUCUCGGCGUCUGGCGGUUGCAUCUUCUCCCCGGGGUUGCGUGGGUUUUCUCCAGGUACUUUGGCUUCCUCCCACAUUCCACAAUCAUACAUGUUGAUUGAAAGCUAAAUCACAAGUGUGAAACAAAAAGCCCACAAGCUCGAUUCAGCCUGCUGAGUUUGUGUCCCGAUCGACUCAAUAUUUCUUGCUGAAUGGAGCUGCUUUCUUCUUUUCAUUUUAGAAAAAUAUUUGUGCAGAAAUUGAAUUUUUUUCUAUUCUUGUAGCAGAUAGCGUCAGCUUUUCCCCUGGCCAAAUCACUUCUUAAAUGACAUUGAUUUACUUUCACCAUUUGGAGUUUGCAUUCUCCAGAUACUAACUCUUCCUCCCAUCUUAGCCCAAAAUAUGCAUGUUAAAUUGAUUGAAGUCUCUAAAUUAGGUGUAAAUAUUUUCUGUGAAAACUCACCUGUUUGCAGUUUUUGUUGUCUGUUGAUGGCACACUAAGCUGCCACAAGAUGGCGCCAAACUUCGGCUGCAAAGUAAUUGCUGUCAAGAGGAGGAAUUGGCUUUCUCAUGGGUUGGAGGUUACAGAAUUCUUUAAAGUGUGUUCAUGUACUUAGUAACGCCAUUUUAUUUAGAAUGUAAAUUUAAAUUGAGUUAAUCAUAUAGGUUGUUCUUUUUUUUUUUAGUGGAGGUGUUGACCGGUGGUUUUUCAUUAUUUCUAGCUAGACAUGGAUUUAAUGUAAUCCAAAACUGAUACUUGCAUGUAAUUCAACAGUACCUCGUUUUCAGGUAAUGGGUUUGGAGCUCCCUUCAAUAAUUUCUUUUUCUUAUCAAACGACCCCAACUUGUGUUAGAAUGGAGGCCAACCGCGCACUCUGCACAGCCAGUGCUUGAACGCUCCAUCCAAAUCCUCCAUGGCAACGCCACUGCUUGUUGAUGUGGUGGGAUCAGCUCCAUUGGUCCACGACGGCUGACCGCGCCCUCAACCCGGCCGAGCUACCUCGCCAACUGUUAGCAUCAAGUGUCAGGGGAGAGGCGGCCCCCAAUGCUGAGGAUGAGGAGGAGGAUGCUGCUGCGGUGGCGAGGAAGAAUCUUUGUCUGCACGGAGCGGCACGGGGCUUCCCUUGCUCUCGCUUUUCUCCGCGCAUACAGCCGAUAAGAACGACCCAGCAUCACUCUGAAGAUUAAUAACGCUUCUUUUCCUGCAGCUGCUUUUAUCUCACCUUGAUACGGGAUUUUUCCCCCCCACCUCCCCUCCAUCGCUGUCUUUGACCGGCCGGAAUACAAAAACCCUUCGCUUGUGUGUGGGAUCGCCGGCUGAGGCACAGACACCUCCUUCAGUGGUGCAGGCAUUCCUCUCUCUCUAAUAUCCACACACCUCUCCCCGGGGAGGAAUGAGAGCUGUGUAGUAUACAACUAUGUCUAGGAUGCUGUGCGGCUGAGAAGGCUGACCGCCCCGCCUAGGCUCUGUGCCGAGUUGCCACAUGGAGAAUUGACCGGAGCCGUGCUGGAUGGAGGCCAAGACACUGGAUGGCGAAGACGAGGAAGCUCACAGUCUUGUGGCUCACUUGUGAUGUUUGUUCUCUUUCUGGCAUGUGUGGAACGAUGGCAAAAAGAAUCCGGAUAGAUAGUCAAGGUUAAAGCAACACCGCAUGCAUAAACUGCCUUCUUGUUUUGGGGAGAUUGUCAAACUUCAGUAGACACUAAGCUUUUCUUCUUCUUAUUGUGGUGGACACAUAUGCAUUAGCUUGUAGACGCUAAGCAUCAUGGCCAGGUGUCACAACAAAGCCCCCUGGUUAUUGUUUUUAGUUCAUUUGGUGCUAACAGGAAGAGCAUUGGAAUACGAGGGCAUUCCGGGUCAGUGGACACGCUACGGACAAUGGGACGCCAAGAGCACUGCGGAACUCAGCUUCAUCCUGAAGACAAACAUCAGCAAAGCUCUGGUUCUCUACCUGGACGACGGCGGCGACUGUGACUUCCUGGAGCUGCUCAUAUCUGACGGGAGACUGCAGCUGCGCUUCGCCAUCCACUGCGCCGAGCCGGCCUCCCUGCACACGGAGACGCGUGUCGACGACCUGCGCUGGCACCGGGUUCUCCUCUGGCGGAACUACCGAGAGACCAAGCUGCUGGUGGACAAUGAAGAGAAGGCAGCCCAAGUCAAGUCCAAAAGGAAAGAGAUGGUGGUGGCCAGUGACCUCUACGUGGGCGGGAUCUCUCCUGACGUGCGCCUCUCCGCCCUGACCUCCAGCACCGUCAAGUACGAGCCGCCGUUCCAAGGCCUGAUCGCCAAUCUGAAAGUGGGGGAAGCUCUGCCCGUGCUCUUGGACGGCCAAUCGGUGCACAGCGACAUGGACUACAUCUGUGAUGUGCACUCGCCCUGCAAUAACGGAGGCGUGUGCUCCGUCAGUCAGGGGGAGGUACUUUGCGACUGCAUCAACACCAGCUACGUGGGAAGCUACUGUCACGAAGCAGGUGUCCAGAAAGAAGUAGAAGGCCACGGGGAGUCCAUGGCCACCUUUAAAGGCAACGAGUACUUCAGCUACAACCUAUCUCAGACGCCCAUUCAGAGCAGCUUGGAUGAGAUCACAUUGUCCUUCCGCACGUUUCAAAGGAAUGGCCUACUGCUUCACACGGGGAAGUCUGGAGAUUAUGUCAACCUGUCCCUGAGGGAUGGAGCUCUAUGGUUGGUCAUCAACUUGGGCUCCGGUGCCUUCGAGGCCCUGGUGGAACCAACCAGCGGAAAGUUCAACGAUGACAUCUGGCACGAUGUUCGAGUCACACGCAACCUGCGCCAGGUGACAAUCUUGGUGGACGGGAUAUUGACCACCACGGGCUACACCCAAGAGGACUACACCAUGCUGGGCUCUGACGACCUCUUUUACAUCGGGGGCAGCAUAGACACAGCUGACCUGCCAGGCUCGCCGGUCAGCAACAACUUCAUGGGCUGCCUUAAAGACGUGGUCUACAAGAAUAAUGAAUUCCGACUGGAGCUGUCACGCCUGGCUGAGCAGCGGGACCCAAAAAUAAGCAUCCAUGGCGACUUGACGUUCAGCUGCGAGAGCGUGAAAGCCCUGGAGCCGGUCACCUUUGACACACCGUCUGCCUACCUGACAUUGCCCAGGUGGAACACGAAAAAGACAGGCACCAUAUCGCUGGACUUUCGCACCACCGAGCCCAGCGGUCUGCUGCUGUUCAGCCACGGAAGGCUGCUGGGGACGGCGCCUGAGAGCAAGCCCCGGGCCGACUUCUUUGCCAUCGAGCUACUGGAUGGUUUCCUCUACCUGGUUAUGGAUAUGGGCUCUGGCAGCAUCAAAAUGAAAGCCAGCAGCAUGCGGCUUGAUGAUGGCCAGUGGUGCCAUGUGGACUUUCAGAGAAAAGGCCGCAAUGGCUUUAUUUCGGUGAACAGCAAGCGCAUCCCGUUUUCAGCCAAUGAGGGCAGCGAGAUCCUCGACCUGGACGGGGACAUGUACCUGGGGGGUCUUCCCGACGACCGCCAAGGUCUCAUGCUUCCUCCAGAGGUGUGGACCGCCUCCCUGGGCCUGGGCUACGUGGGCUGCGUGCGGGACCUUUUCAUUGACGGCCAGAGUCGCAACCUGUGGAGGCUGAGCGAGGUUCAGGGCGCCGCAGGGGUCAGCAGCCUGUGCACCAGGGAGACUCAUGCCAGGUGCGGCCGAGACACGUGCGCCAACGGUGGUCAUUGCAAGGAGGGCUGGAACCGACACAUUUGCGACUGUAAUGGCACCGGCUACCUGGGGCCCAACUGUGAGAAAGACGCCACGGUGGUGAGCUACGACGGCAGCAUGUACCUGAAGGUGAUGCUUCAGAGGACGCUGCACACGGAGGCCGAGGACGUGUCCCUGCGUUUUAUGUCCCAGAGGGCCUUUGGCCUACUGGUGGCCACCACGUCUCAGCAGUCAGCGGACACUCUGCGCGUGGAGCUGGACGCGGGCCGAGUCAAGCUGACGGUCAACUUGGAUUGUAUCAGGAUAGACUGUAAUCUCAGGGGUUUUGAGGACACAGCCCAUCUGUCUCAUCAUCACAAGCCAAUCACCAUUAGCAGAUCACAAUCGGAGGGCAAAGGACCCGAGGUACUCCUGCUGGGCGACAAGCUGAAUGACAAUGAGUGGCACGCGGUAAAGGUGGCUCGUCGAGGGAAACAUUUGCAGCUAUCUGUGGACAAUGUCACAGCAGAAGGCUUUAUGAGCGGCGCUCACACCCGCUUGGAGUUGAACAACAUCGAAACGGGCAUCAUGACGGAGCGCCGAUUCACCUCGGUGAUCCCUUCCAACUUCAUCGGCCACCUGCAGGCCCUAUCCUUCAACGGGAUGCUCUACAUGGACCAGUGCAAGAACGGAGACAUCUCCUACUGCGAGCUGAACGCACGCUUCGGCAUGAGGCACAUUGUAGCCAAUCCUGUCUCCUUCCUGACUCAAGCUAGCUACUUGGCUUUCUCCACCUUGCAAGCCUACGCCUCGAUGCACCUCUUCUUCCAGUUUAAGACCACAAGUGCCGACGGCCUGAUACUCUACAACUCUGGCGACGGGAGUGAUUUCAUUGUGGUGGAGCUGGUCAAAGGGUUCAUACAUUACGUCUUUGACUUGGGAAAUGGCCCGUCAUUGAUGAAGGGAAACUCGGACAAGCCGCUCAAUGACAACCAGUGGCAUAACGUGGUCAUCUCCCGUGACAACAACAAUGUCCACACGCUCAAGAUCGAUGUCCGCACCGUCACCCAGCACGCCAACGGAGCUCGCAACCUGGAUUUAAAAGGCGAGCUGUACAUCGGAGGUGUCGGGAAGAGCAUGUACACCAGCCUGCCUCGAUUAAUAGCAUCCCGCGAAGGCUACAAGGGCUGCCUGGCAUCGGUGGACUUGAACGGAAGACUCCCCGAUUUGCUGGCAGACGCCCUUCAGAAAGUAGGCCAGGUGGAGCACGGCUGCGGAGGUCCCAGCACUACCUGCACAGAGGACUCGUGCCACCAUCAGGGCGUGUGUUUGCAGCUCUGGGAGGGCUUCUCCUGCGACUGCACCAUGACAACCUUCAGUGGGCCCUUCUGCAGUGAUCCUGGAACGACAUACAUAUUCGGGAAAGGAGGCGCGCUUAUCACGUUUACCUGGGCGCCCAAUGAGCGGCCGAGCACCCGGGCCGACCGGCUGGCCGUGGGUUUCAGCAGCUUGCAGAAGGACGCCAUCUUGGUUCGCGUGGAGAGCACCCAUGGGCUCGGCGACUAUCUCCAGCUGCACAUAGAUCAAGGCAAAAUCAGCGUCAUCUUCAACGUGGGGACCGAUGACAUCGGCAUCGACGAGCCUGCUGUCAUGGUAAAUGACGGCAAGUACCACGUUGUACGCUUCACACGCAGCGGUGGCAAUGCCACGCUCCAGGUGGACAACUAUCCGGUCAUUGAGCGCUACCCUCCAGGACACUAUGAUAAUGAACGACUGGCUAUUGCUAGGCAAAGAAUCCCAUACAGACUCGGUCGGGUAGUUGACGAGUGGCUACUCGAUAAAGGGAGACAGUUGACCAUCUUUAACAGCCAAGCCGCCAUUAAAAUCGGCGGCCAGGACAAGGGUCGACCCUUCCAAGGUCAGAUCUCCGGCCUCUACUACAACGGACUGCAGGUGCUUAAACUGGCGGCGGAGAAUGACCCCAGCGUGCAGGUGGAGGGCAACCUCCGUCUGGUGGGCGACGCCCUCUCCGUGCUGACCACCGACACCACCUCAGCAACGCUGCUGGCUGUGUCCGACAUGUCCACCACCAUCAUGGAGACCACCACCACAAUGGCGACCACUACCACCCGCCGACAACGCUCACCCAGCUUGAGAGACAGCAUCUCCAAGCCGCAAAACUCUGAUGAUAUUCUGGUGGCGUCGGCCGAGUGUCCAAGUGAUGAUGAAGACCUAGAAGAGUGUGAACCGGGAACAGGAGGUGAAUUAGUCUUGCCUAUUAUAACAGUGGAUUCCCUUGAGCCCCCAUCCAUCGCCACCCGUUAUCCCGUCCUCCCCCCUCCCCCUACCCUCCUGUCCCCCCUCGAAACCACCAAAGAGUCUGUGAUAGUCCCUCCUCACCCUUCCUGCCCCCCAGACCAGGAGGACUGUGGUGACACCGUGGAGGUUUCGGCCUUCGGCUCUGGGGAGAUGACGGAAUCCGAUGACGAGGACUUUUACAAUAAUAACAACUCCCCGUUGGUCACUGACAGGACAGUCCUUCCUCCGCCACCUCCCGCCGCCGGUGAGGGCGGAGCUCCGAAACCCCGCCCCUUACCCCCUUAUGUUCCCACCACCAACCCUGACCAGCUCCACAUCCCCGCAGGCAAAAUGAACACCCGAGACCAGGUGCUUCUGCCCCCUGCUCCCCCAUCCUCCCGAAACACACCGGGACUAACUUACCCCCCCAAUUUUCCCCAUGUGCCCACAGCCGACCCCACAGCCUCCGACGAAAAGAUCCAACCGGGCGCCGUGGAGGUGAUCAGGGAGUCCAGUAGCACCACGGGGAUGGUGGUUGGUAUCGUGGCUGCUGCUGCUCUCUGCAUUCUAAUCCUCCUCUAUGCCAUGUACAAGUACCGCAACCGGGACGAAGGCUCCUACCAGACAGACCAGGGCCACAAUUUUGCCAACAAUUUUGCGACCGAAGGCAACGGAGCGGUGGUCAAAGACAAAAGCACAGCGACGGCCUCAGCGGCCAAGGCAAUCACCAAGGGCAAAAAGAACAAGGACAAAGAAUAUUACGUAUGAGCAGCGGGGCGUGGACUGAGAGGAUGUGAGGGUGCUCCACUUUCAAAUCACCGCUCUUUUUUUUUUUUAAUUCCAGUUGGACGUCAGACAUUUCAAAGGUUACGAAAGACAACUGUUAAACGCAGACUGUGGUUAAUGCUCACAUUUCCCUCACAGUUUCUCAGCUACUGCAAGUCUGUCAUCCAUCAUGUACAUGUUGUAAGUGCAAACAACUUCAUAUCCGCUGUUGCUUUGUGUGAAGCACGGAUAUGAUGCAGUUAAAGGAACCGGCCUUGAGUUGAGCCUCAGUGUUUUCUUCUGUGUAAACCCUGUCUCAAAUGUCCAUUAUAGGUGUGGCUAUAGAGCGUGAACACAACCCUGUUGCCAUAGCAAGGUCCUCAACCUUAAUAACAUCAAUUUCUUGCUGAAGAAAAACAACCCCAAAUGGAAUAAAUCAAAAUGUGUCUCAACAUAUUAUUAAUUUCAGGGUGCGUAGAGCAGCACUUAUUUUUCCCUGACAGAUCUGUCAUUGGCUCUUUUUUGGAUGUUUGUGUGCAAUACUUGCUUAUUAUGCUCAAUCACAGAUGCACACCAAACCAUUUGCUAUUCACCACAUCCCCUCCUCAAACCGCUCAGAAAAUAGUCUCAUCCAACAUUUGCAAACUUGUUCAGUAUUUCCCAUUCCUUGCAGUUAACCUCGAGUUCAGCCAAUCCACAUUCUCUGCGAUUGUAAUGAUGAAGCAAUAGCCAAUUAGGAUGCUUUCUGGACACAAAUAGAAGACCUUUCUUUUUUCUUUUUUUUUUUUUUUGCUGUGUGUAAAAUAUGUCAUUCAACACAAUAAAACUAAAAAAGGGAAGACUAUCUAACCACAAUGUAGCUAACAGUUUGCUGUGCUUCUACUGUUUCUUCUUCUACUACUAUUCUUCUUGUUUGCCAAUACUACCAACUACCAAAAAAUGGCAGGGGGGGUUUCCAAGAAGGGCACUUUUCACUUUUUUCCCAAGAUAUUGUAACAAGGGUGUGUUCACACUUUCUCUAGCCACUUUCCGUAAUGUAGACAAUGUACUUUUUGUGGUACGCGAACAAAACUGAACAUAGCCUUUUAUUUCUUUAAGACAUCUCCUCAGUCAUGUUACAUAAUGAAGGUUUGAAAACCGACCCCCCCCCCCCCCAAAGUUUGCCCUGCCUCUGUCGACAAGAGAUGAUAAACAUGAAAAAUACAAGAUGUUUAAAAAAGGGUAUCACUCAACAAACCUGAAGGAGGACGGACGAGAGUUGUUUAUUUCUGUGUGGUCGGUGUAGCUUUGAAUUCAAAAUAAGGGUUUGUGUGAAAAGUUCCGUCUACAUCGAGUAAAGGUAUAUCUGUAAACAUUGCUUGUAUGUAUAUAUAGAGGCUAGCACACUCAAGAGGCAUUACGGAUGUAAAGUUACGGAGAAGAAUCGGCGUCCGAGAUGCUCGUCCCUCUCCCACCUCCCUCACAGCUUUCACAAUGAUGACCCCAAAAAACGCUGCCGCCCAACUUUGGGGCCGCAAAACAUUUUCCCAUUAUGCUUCUUGGAAAGAGACUAUGAAAGCCAGCUCACUGACCAUCAUGUACCCUCCAUGAGAAAAAAAAAAAGGAACUGCUAAGGGAUGAUCCAAAAGCACACAGGAAAUGUAAACAUAUCGUGGAGACAUAGAUAUUCCUUGUAAAGCAGACAUGUAUUGUUUUUUUUUCUAUGAGUGACUUCAAGAUUACUCCAUGAGAUGAAUAAUUGAUGAUGUGUGAAUUGUAUUGAUAUUUCUCUGAUAUUUCGAUGUAACUUGUCACCGCUCCUCCUAACACGUUCCAUUUUAGAUUGCCUUUGACUCUGACAAAAAGCACAGUCUCCUCUGAUAGCUGCAAACCAUCUUGUUUUCCUGCAUUAUUCAAGGCUCCGAUUAAGCAGAGAAAACACCAGGAUGGAACAAACUGAUGUUUUUUGUUUUAUUGCAUUGUGCAUUUUAUAUGUGCUGAAUCUGUUACUCAAUGGAUCGAAUAAUAUAAAGCCAUUUGCUCUGUUGG